CUCUCCGAGCCAAGGCGUGUAUCACUACCUGAGUCAAGGAUUUCCGUGGGCCUAUGCUCGCCUUCUGGCAGAUCUGCUCUGGUCUUGCCUACGGCCAUUUCUUCUCCGAUCUCGCCUACGACAAGUUCUGCUCCGGCGCCUUCCUAUGCUGCGGGGAGAGGUUCCUCGCCUCCACCAAGCCCUGCAAUUUUGACCGCAGGGCCACUACUUCCCCCUCCCCUGAACUCGGACGAAUUUCCCCCUGGGUACUAUCUCUCCAUCUUCAUGAGCUCCUACGCCUCCUUCUGUAUCGUCGGGUGCCGCCGCAGUGGCUUAUUCUCUGCAACCAAAUCGUCCCCUGAAGCUCCAAUGGGCAGACAUAUUACGGCCGAGUUCCAGGAAUCUGAGCCGGGUUACUACUCUAAUCAUCUCUGCGGGAGGUAAACCGAGGGUUAGGGUACCUAGUUCAGUGCUAGUUGAAGCGUCUCAAACUUGGAAUGGAUAUCUUGUUGGUCAUUUCUCUGGGGUUGCUCCAUCAGGCUCUAGAAUAUUUCAAUCGUUAAAUCUGAUAUGGGGGCGGAAGGCACGCAUUCAUGUUCGCAGGGUCAGUGAUACCUCCUGCCUAUUCUUCGUUGCUCAUGUACCAACUAGGGAGUGGAUACUUGAGGUUGGAAUUUGGAGGGUUGGUGAUACAAUGUUCACGGUCGCAGAAUGGUCCACUACUGCUACUUUUCGCCAAUCGGUCCUUACCUCGGCUCCGAUAUGGGUAACACUUUCAGAGAUCCCAGCGGAACUCUAUAGUUUGAAAGGAAUUAGUUAUAUAGCCUGUGGUAUCGGGGAACCACUUCACAUUGAGCGAAUGCGACUAGACCCGCUGAGCGUUGGUCAAGCUCGAGUCAAGGUUGAGAUACAACUUGGUGCAGAGCUUCCUGACUACAUUGAAGUUGAGGAUGAGAAAGGGGGCGUUAUCGUAGUGAAGGCUUCCUACUCUUGGUUACCACCUCGCUGUUCUACUUGCAAAACAUUUGGACACAAGAAUACUAAUUGCUUGUUGCGCCGCAAUCCUGUCAUUAAUGAAGCCAGCUCCUCGAAAGCUAACACUCUGCCCCCGGAAGACCAACAUCCUACUGAUACUACUCAAGCACAACUUGCACCCCAAGGAACAACCCACCUGAGUCCCACAACUCUGGCCAAGUCACCAGCGACGAUAGAAGCUCCAGACAACACGUCUGAUCCCUUAUCUACAUCGUUGGCACCUCUUCCUCAUGUGCACAUAAUAACAGGGGGCGCUGAACAGUCUGUUAUUCAUACGCAUCAAAUAGAGGUGCCCACCGCUACCGUACAAAACGCCCCAAGAUUGAUGUUUGCAACUGAGGAGCAAAUGAUCUUUGAAGCUCAACGUGUACUCAGAAGCAGAGCCAAACCUCCCCCUAAGAUUCUUGAUGAUUUCACUGUAGUCAGGAGAGGUAGGAGUGGGAGGAAUGCUCCGAACUGAGCCAACUUAUACCCAGAUUUUUUGGUUUUGGUAUUUUGGAACAACUUCUACAUGAAGUUAUUUUGUUGGAACGUCCGUGGAGCCAACAGACAAAUCAAACAACGUGCAGUUAAAGAACUUAUUCGUGCACAACAAGCACGAAUUGGGGGACUCAUCGAAACUAGAGUAAGGGAUGAAUCUUCGGCUUGUCGUAUUGCUCAGUUCAUUGCCCCCUCUUGGGGCUUUGCCAAUAACUACGCUUCCGCUGGACUCGGUAGAAUUUGGAUUAUAUGGGAGCCUACCUUAGUCGUCAACAUCUACUCAAGCUCGGACCAAAUGAUCACUUGUGGAAUAUUUGACCCUGCCACAGACCUUAGUUAUUGUUGGGUGAUUACAACCAAGUACUACAUCCUCGAGAACAUGCUUCCCCUGUUGAAGAACAAGGAGCAAUCAACAAACACUCGGAUUCUAGCAGAAGGACUCAAGCAACUGAAGACUCAGAUUCAAAAGGAAGCUUUGGAGAAAACGAAGACUUGGUUACAAACAGAAGGUUCGAAGACUUGCAAGCAAGGAAAGACUUGGAUUCUAUUGGAGGCUUUGGAGAGAUACAAUCUGGCCAUUUGGGAGCAUAAUUCCAGCAGUGAUUUCGAACUCUACAACAUGGAAAGGCAAUCAGAUUACAAGAGGCAUAUUUCCUCUUUUUUAUUAUAUUCACACACUACUUGCCUUGUACAUUACCAUUAGCAUAUUUGGUUUCCUUUACUAUAUCUGUACAGAUUAUGCAUAUAAGAAUGUAUGUAUUCAUGAGAAUAA